AUGUCUGGUUCUACUCAGUCUUCAGAGGAACUGUUGUGUGCUAAUGACUCUGCAGAGGUGGAAUGUCCCAUCUGUUAUCAGGAGUAUAACCAGGGCAGCAAAUGCCCACGAAUGCUAGAGUGUCUCCACGUCUUCUGCACCGAAUGCUUACGCAACAUUCAGCUUUCACCCCUCAACCUGCCGGACCCACAAACCCCCACCUGCAUUUCCUGCCCCCUCUGCCGACACCCCACCCACUUGGAGGAUGGCGACACCCACUCUUUGCCUUGUAACUCCCGGAUCCUCGCCCGCCUCCCUCCGCUGGCCUUCCGGAUGCCCGUGUCCGUGACGACGCGCCUGGCCACUGUCACCCAACGGGUGGUGCUGUCGCUGGAAGCGCGGGAUGCGCGUUUCAUCAUCUUGCCGACUGUGAGCCUGCGUGUGGAGCAGAUGGGUGAGAGAGAGAGUCUGCCCUCUCCCACCAGCUCAGGGGCCUUCCGAGGGGAGGUGGAGGUGCUGCACAGGCAUCGACGGACGCUGCUUUGUGUACAGCUGAUGGCAGUGCUGUUUUGGAUCUUGUUUGUGUUUACCUGUGUGAUGGGGGUAGUGUUUGGGCCUAGCUUCUUCCACAACUGA